AUGACGAUGACAGCCAGCAACGAUUGGGGCGCAGCGAGCAGCGACAACAUGUCUUUACUGUUGUCUGUACUGUCUGUGUUGGCGUGUGUUGAUAUUUCUUUUAAUCUGCUGUCUCAGCAUGAGUCAGGAGUGUCCACGCCCCCUAAGAAGCCCUGGCCUCCUAUUGGUGGAGACAGGAGGGACCCCCUGUGGAAGGUGCGUCGCAGUCAGAAGUUAGACAUGUCGGCUCGUCUGGAGCUGCAGUCGGCCCUGGACGCUGAGAUCAGAGCCAAACAGCUGGUUCAGGAGGAGCUGCGCAAAGUCAAGGCCACCAACAUCAACCUGGAGAGUAAGCUGAAGGAGUCGGAAGAGAGGAGCAGGGAGAUGGCGGAGCAGAUGGAAAGUCUGAAGAAGGAAAUGGAGGAGAGUCGCUUCCGCUCUGACAAAGGUCUUAAACUUCCAGACUUCCAGGACUCCAUCUUUGAAUAUUUCAACACGUCUCCUCUGGCUCCUGACCUAACCUUCAGAACCACAGACAUAGACUCCCCCCCCGAGAAAGAGACCACGCCCCCAUCGCCAUCGACCGCCUCCGAACAUGAGGAAGUUAAAGCAACAUCAGUCCCACCGAGCCCCUCCCCCACAUACCAGAGCUCAGCACUGACCACACCAAAGCCCAAAGCUCACCAGCUGAGUAUCAAGACGUUCUCCAGUCCAACCCAGUGCACCCACUGCACCUCCCUGAUGGUGGGACUCAUCAGGCAGGGAUACGGCUGUGAAGUGUGUUCCUUCAUCUGCCACGUUUCCUGUAAAGACCACGCCCCCCUGGUCUGUCCAAUUCCAGCAGAGCAGGCCAAGAGGCCGCAGGGCAUCGACGUCCAGAGGGGCAUCGGCACCGCCUACAAGGGCUACGUCAGGAUCCCAAAGCCCAGCGGUGUGAAGAAGGGCUGGCAGCGAGCGUUCGCCGUGGUCUCCGAUUGUAAACUGUUUCUCUACGACGUCCCAGAGGGAAAGUCCACCCAGCCAGGGGUGGUGGCUAGUCUGGUGUUGGAUCUCAGAGAUGAGGAGUUUUCCGUCAGCUCUGUCUUGGCGUCAGAUGUGAUCCACGCCACCAGGAAGGACAUCCCCUGCAUCUUCAGGGUGACCUCGUCACAGCUGAUCUCGCAGCUCUCCUCGGUGUCUCUGCUGGUGCUGGCGGAGAGCGAAGUGGAGAAGAGGAAGUGGGUCAGGAUCCUGGAGAGUCUGCAGAGCAUCCUGACCAAGAACCUGCUGAAGAACCGUCAGGUCCAUGUUCUGCACGAGGCAUAUGAUGCCUCGCUGCCCAUCAUCAAGACCACGUUGUCUGCUGCUGUGCUCGGUCAGUAAGGAUUUUCUGCUACGUUCUACAGCUAAUUACUACUGACAGACUGUACUGAGUACCGUUACUGAAAGAUUCAUCUUUAUUUAAGUUUUCAGAAGUACCAAGAGGAUUUAAUAAUAAUCAAUAAAGACCUGCUCUAUUUGUGUGUCAUA